AGGCCUUUUCAGGAGUUUAUUGUGAAUAUAAAGUGCAUCGUUUUUGCUAUAAGAUUCGCACAUUUGUUUAAUACAUCCUAAUGCGCCAUUGUGGGCCCGGCUUCAGUUCCCAUGGCUCUGCUAUCAGUUCCGGUGUAGCGAGACGCGUCUCCAUGGCAACUGCAGUAGUCCCGGGGCGCUGCCGGCGCUUCUCUCUCUGUCGCUCUCGCACUGUUUGUCCGAGAUGGAUUUGACGCACAUCAUUUACCUGUAAUUAGAAAGAUAAGCAGAUUGCCGGAAUUGCUUCAGGGAUAGAUUCCCACGUAUAGGAUAUUAUUAUAUAAGUGCACAAUAAUUUGAAAUCCGUCUACUGGCAAAUCUAUAACAAUGUCAGAAGACAGUAGAAGAGCAGAGGAUGAUGAUCGCGGUCCUGGUGCUGCAUAUCAGGCAUUUCUAAUGAUGGAGGAUCUUUUGGACAAGUUAAAGUUACUCAGUUAUGAAGAUGAGGUUCUAAGAAAGCAAAACAUGAAACCACUUUCCAGGCACUACUUUGCUUUACCAACAAACCCCGGGGAGCAGUUCUAUAUGUUUUGCACACUCUCUGCUUGGCUUAUAAAUAAAGCUGGAAAUAAUUUUGAUCAACCACAAGAGUACGAUGACCCAAAUGCCACAAUCUCCAAUAUUCUGUCCCAGUUAAGGUCAUUUGGAUAUUCUGUAGAUUUUCCACCAUCUAGGUUAAAGGCAGGUUAUGGAGAACAAGUGUGCUAUGUUCUUGAUUGUUUUGCAGAGGAAGUCUUAAAACAUAUUCGCUUCAGCUGGAAGAGGCCUACAUACCCAACAGAAGAACAAGAUGAAGAGACUGUAGUAGAAGAUGAUGCUGAGUUGACUUUGAACAAAAUUGAAGAUGAAAUUGCUGAAGAGGAUUCUGACAAUGAUCAGGAACAUUUUAUAGAUUUAAAAGCUCUCUCAGCACAAACUCAGAAAUUGAAUGCAGAAGAAUCCUCCAAACCAGAAGAGAUUUUGGAAUCGAACACAGAUGCAGCAGAAUGGAUUCUGGAAGUGGAACGUGUUCUGCCCCAGCUGAAAGUCACAAUUAGAACAGACAACAAGGACUGGAGGGUCCAUGUUGAUCAGAUGCACCAGCACAGAGAUGGGAUUGACACAUCCUUAAAGGAAACUAAGGGAUACCUUGAUAAACUCCACAAUGAAAUCGCCAAGGCACUGGAAAAAGUUAGUAGCCGUGAAAAGUACAUCAACAACCAACUGGAGCAGCUGGUGCAAGAGUAUCGAUCUGCACAGGCUCAGCUGAGCGAGGCAAAAGAAAGAUACCAGCAAGCAAGUGGAGGGGUAACUGAGAGAACCAGAAUUCUGGCUGAGAUUACAGAGGAAUUAGAAAAAGUAAAGCAGGAAAUGGAAGAAAAGGGGAGUAGCAUGACUGAUGGCGCACCGCUGGUAAAGAUCAAGCAGGCAUUAACAAAACUGAAACAUGAAAUUGUCCAGAUGGAUAUAAGAACCGGUGUAGUGGAGCACACGUUACUUCAAUCAACACUCAAGGAAAAAUCCAAUAUGACGCGAGAUAUGCACGCCCUUAAUAUUCCUGACUCCUCAAUUGGGGCCUACUGAUUUUUAUAACCAUAGCCAUUUCAUAUGUUGUAGUAUAUGUAUGUGAAAAAAAAAUAUUUUUUUGUACACCAUAUAAAAUGAUUUUAUUUCAAGGUAUUCCCUUUUUGUUUCGGCCAGUUAUUGCUAGUUUAAUUUAAUUGUGACCAUCUGUAUGUCUGGAAGUGCAGUGUUUAUGAUUUUACUGACAUUUCAAUGUCUACAAUUGUUUCUACACAAAUAAACCACGUACAGAGAUUUACAUCACAUGCAGAAUACCA